AUGUUCUGGUGGCUCUACUAUGCAAAUAACCCAACCAAAGACUUCACAGAAUUACCUCUCAUCUUGUGGCUUCAGGGAGGUCCAGGAGCUUCAGGCUGUGGAUUUGGGAACUUUGAAGAGAUUGGCCCAUUAGACAAAGAAAUGAAACCAAGAAAUACAACCUGGUUGCAGGCAGCCAGUAUCUUGUUUGUGGAUAAUCCUGUGGGCACUGGAUUCAGUUAUGUGGAUGAUUGUAGCUUGUUUGCCAAAAACCUUACCACGGUAGUUUCUGAUAUGAUGGUUUUUCUUGGAAAAUUCUUCACAUGUAGAACAGAAUUCCAGACCAUCCCGUUCUACAUAUUUUCUGAAUCUUACGGAGGUAAAAUGGCUGUUGGCAUUGCUUUAGAGCUGCAGCAGGCUGUUCAAAAAGGGACCAUAAAGUGCAAUUUUAUGGGGACUGCUCUUGGAGACUCAUGGAUUUCUCCUUUGGACUCCGUGCUGUCUUGGGGGCCCUACCUUUACAGCACUUCUCUCCUUGAUGAUAAUGGUCUAGCAGAGGUGACUGCUGUUGCCAAAGAAAUAAUGGAUGCAAUCAAUAAAAAUCAAUACGUGCUGGCCACUGAGCUCUGGGGCAAGGCUGAAGGUGUCAUUGAAGAGAACACAGAUAAUGUGAACUUUUAUAACAUCAUGACUAAGGAGGUUCCAGAAAUGAAAUCAAAUGAACAAGAAAAUCUCCAUCUCAUUGGACUUUACCAACGCCAUGUCAAAAAUAUGCAUAAGGACAGCCUAAAUGAAUUGAUGAAUGGACCCAUCAGAAAGAAGCUAAAAAUUAUUCCUGACUCUGUGAAAUGGGGAGGUCAGUCCAGAGAUGUCUUUGAGAAUAUGGCUGAGGACUUCAUGAAACCCGUCAUUGGUAUCGUUGAUCAGCUUUUGGCAGCCAAUGUCAAUGUUACAGUCUAUAACGGGCAGCUGGAUCUCAUUGUUGACACCAUGGGCCAGGAGGCAUGGAUCCGGAAACUGAAAUGGCCUAAUUUGGGCCAGUUCAACCAGCAAAGGUGGAAGGCACUCUAUGUGUCUCCAGAAUCCACUGAGACAGCUGCUUUCCACAAGGCUUAUGAGAACUUUGCUUUCUUCUGGAUUCUUAAGGCUGGACACAUGGUACCGUCUGAUCAAGGAGAGAUGGCACUGAAAAUGGUCAGGAUGGUGACCCAACAGCAGCACUAGGGAAGGGGAGUCCAGCUGGUAUGGCUGCCUGCUGAAUGCCAGUGCUCUCACAGAAUGUGAGUCCGGAAUAAUAAGCCACAGGAGGAACAAUGGCUAUUUGGACACAUAGCCUCGCUGAUCUUACUCAUAAAGUGCACGAGCACUUAUGGAAAGGCAUUUUUUUUCCUUGAAUGAGUUGCUUUUGAAUUUGUAAGCUGUGAUUUGCUGCCUUAAGACUGUUUAUAAUCACUCUUCCA